CCAAAACCGUUUCAACCGCCCGGCAACGACCCGCUGGAUUCCGAAAGGCGUGCGCGUGCGUGUGGGCGUUGCGUAUACACAUGCACAAAUGCUGCUGCUGCUGGUGUGUUUCGCCUUGGGAACGGGCGAGUGGCAGCCGUUGUACACUGCACUGGGCGGCGGGUGGAGAAUGCUCGGCGACAACGACGUCGUUUGGCGUCACUUCCUGCUGCUAACGUUCUGCCACGCCUUGGAAUCAUUAUACUUCGUUCUCUGCACAAAGUCUUUUGGUUGUUUCUUUCCUUUAACAUAUACCCACUCGACCUCACGACAUCACGGCAUUUUGGAACAGCGAUAUUUUCAACUCUAGACUUCCGUGUACCUUCCACGAAUCGACUGACCCACUGUGCGCGCUUGAUAAUCUGCGUAAAAUCUCGACUGGCGCACACCACUUCAGCAAUCAUGGCUUUGUCCAUUUUCCAGAUCCCUAAGCCUCGUUCAUUCCUUUGGGUUGUCUCAUUGCGCACCGCAGCCGAAUUCAUCACCUUCACACUUCUCAUCAACAGAAUCACUGGACUUUAUGGUAUCCUCGCUUUAUUUACAGGCUACCACCUCAACGCUCUUCAAUUAAGCAGCUAUAUCUACUCCUUGAUGGUUCUCGUAUUGGUCGCAUGGCUAGCGCCAGCCAUCCGCAACCCUCGCGACCCGCUUCGCAACCUUGCGCUCGCAUGGCUCUACGUCAUUGACACGAUUGUCAACACGAUCUACACAGUCCUGUUCGCCCUGGGCUGGUUUGUGCUACUCGCGCAACAUCUCAACGAUGGAGUUCCGGUUAGCAGUGGAGUAAGCAGCGCCAUCGGCAAAGGCAUGAUGGAAGACGUCGCUGGUUUCACCGAUCCCAAAGUCCCCGGCGCUGCUGUUGUCGAAGUUGUCGCCAGUCCCGCAGAAGGUGCUUUUACUGGUCAAGAUGCUGUAGCGUAUGCCGCGCCCGCCGUGCCCGGAACUUCUUCAUUGACCGCUCCUGGCUCGCUCCGCGAAGUGGUCAUGCAGCCGGAUUCACUCACAAGCGUGAUCCUGUUGGUCAUCUUCGGACUUCUCCGCCUUUACUUCUGCUUGGUCGUCAUGUCCUACGCGCGUAGCAUUCUCCGAGGUUAUAUCGUCAGCACCAGCGUAGCCAACGGCGGCGAUUACAGCGAUACCUCAGACGCUAGUAUGGCCGAGAAUCCCUUCCGCAAGGGCCGCGAAGAGGCUUCUCUACUAGGUCGAAUUAUGAUUUCGCUGCCAACACGGAGAUACUGGCUAGGCCGCGAUGAGUACCCUGCUGCGAGCCAGAGCGACUGGGAGCGCUCAACGAGUGGCAAAUUCCAGGUCGCCGCGAUGAAGGAACUCAAGGUCAAGAUCCCGAACCAACUCGGCCGGACGAGGAGCGGGACGGGUUCCUUGGCGGACAUCGCGGAGAUCGGACCUAGUGUGGGAGGCUUCAAGAGCAGCUGAUGUGGUUUUCUUGGUGGUGGUCAGGCCAUGACCUGAUGGCUCCUUGAGCACAGCGGCGACUGAUGCAUUGGAUGGCAGAAGACGCCUCCAGACGCUGGCGUUUCGGAGUGGGCUGUGUUCUUUUCACGCAUGUUGGGCCUAGACGAGAUCAAAUAUUUAUGAGAUUACUGAUUACGCUUUUUACUGCGAGUGAUUACAUAUGGUGUGUAAUGAUCAGGGUGGUGAGCAUCAGCCCAGACGUUUCAUCUCCAGUACCACUGCUGUUCAUAACAUCACUUUCGAGUACUCUCUUUUCAGCAGAUUGUUUGAUCCCGCUAUCUGGAUCCUCAUAUCAAUU